UAGUUUUAGAACGCAACCUUUGCGUGGAGACAUUUGGAAGCGGGACUUGCCAUUUGCUCUGGAAUUCGAUACACUUCUUCUCCGGCGAUUCUCCGGUGGUUAAUCAGAUAGAUCUCUUUAAGGUGUGCAAAAUGUCGGUUGCAAAAAGUGACAGUGUUAAGGAGUUAGAUUCUUUGGAUGGUAUUGAGGCAAACAGCGACGGUGAUAAGGAGCUAGAUCAUGUGGACACUAAUGACAAUCAAGCAGAUGCCAAAACUUCUGCGGGAGAUCCAAACCAGUUGGAGAUAAGUGAAGAAAAUCCCGUGCCCUCCCAUCAGCAGGAGGAGAAUGUAAUCAAGAAAAAGUAUGGAGGAAUGUUACCAAAAAAACCACCAUUAAUAUCCAAGGACCAUGAACGUGCUUUCUUUGAUUCUGCAGAUUGGGCAUUGGGAAAGAAGGCCAAAGGACCACUAGAGGCUCUCCGCCCAAAAUUACAGCCCACGCCGCACCAACAACCCCGUGCAAGACGUGAAGCUUAUGCCACGGCAGUCAAUGGUGAAGAGGAUGUUGGUAACGACGAUACUACUCUUGAUGAUCAGACCUGCACAAUGGAUGCAGGAAGUAACAACGCUGCACAUUCCGAUGGUCAGAGCUGUUGCAAGUAGCUUUUAGUGAUCACACUCUUGGUGGCAUUUUCUCAAGCCAGAAGCUUAGCAUGAGACUGUUAGUCCUAAAAUAAGCAAGCAAUAAUGUAUUUAUUGCUAUAUCACUGAACCAUAAAACAACUCCGUAAUAGCAAAUUUGCAUUGAUCAGGUUAUGUCACCAAUGAGCAUUAGCUCAGAUACUAUGGCCUUUCCCUUUGAGGAGGGGGAGAGAUUGAGUGUUUAAACUAUAUUUUGUGCAGUGGAGCCACCUUGGGUCCAGACUGUUCGGUGGGGAAUUUCGAGUUAUUUGGGGCAUGCUUGGUUUGUAACUCUAAACAGUUUUUAGAAAUUCAGAAAAUAGAUAAUAGUUUUUAGAGAACUAUAAAAGAUUGUUCUUUGAAAAAAGUCAUUUUUAUAAAGGUAAAGUGCAAUAAACUCCCCUCAACUAUACCCCAAUAAGCAAAAAAAAAAAAAAAAAGCAAAAAAAACCCCUGAAUUUUUAAAGUAGCAGAAAACCACCCUAUACUUAGUUGUUUGGUUGCAACUUACCUCCAGUGACCCACGGAUCAUUUUUUAAGGUUUGUCUGGCACGUGAUUUGGUAUAUUUGUUUAAAGGACCAUACAGCCCUUGUUGACCACUCAAUAGUCCAAUACCCACCAA